CCCAGCCACCCCCGGGGCUUCUCAGCAUGCCCAGGGCUGCAAGAGAGGACUGAAGUACUGGCCCUUCCUCGGCGAAAGGUGUCUGCUGCGGGGGGUCAUCAAGAGGCGCCAAGAGUCAGCCGGGAGCCAUGGACGCUUCUCUAGAAACGUGGUGCAUCGCUCUGUUUUCUGUGUUCACCUGGGUGAAUGCGGGACUCCCCAUGUAUGGAGAGAUCCUGUCCCCCAACUAUCCCCAGGCGUACCCCAACGAGGUGGACACAUCCUGGCACAUAGAAGUUCCCGACGGGUUCGGUGUUCACCUCUACUUCACCCACCUGGACCUCGAGCUGUCUGAAAACUGCGAGUACGACUUCGUGCAGAUACUGUCCGGAGGAAUCCAAGAAGGAAAGCUCUGUGGACAGAGACCCAGAAAGAGUGCCGACUCCCCCAUUGUGGCAGAAUUCCGGGUCCCCUACAACAAACUCCAGGUGACCUUCAAGUCGGACUUCUCCAAUGAAGAGCGAUUUACAGGAUUUGCCGCUUACUAUGUGGCCGAGGACGUGGACGAGUGCACGGAAUUUUUGGAUGUCCCUUGCAGUCACUUUUGCAACAACUUCAUAGGUGGCUACUUCUGCUCUUGUCCCCCGGAAUACUUCCUCUACGAUGACAUGAAGAACUGUGGAGUCAAUUGCACGGGGGACGUGUUCACAGCCCUGGAGGGAGAGAUCACGAGCCCCAAUUAUCCCAGUCCGUACCCCGAGAACUCCAGGUGUGAGUACCGGAUUGAGCUGGAGGAGGGCUUCCAGGUAGUGGUGACCAUGAGGAGAGAUGACUUUGAUGUGGAGCCCGCCGACGCCGACGGAAGCUGCCAGGACAAUUUAGUGUUUGUGUCUAGAAAACAACAAUACGGUCCUUACUGCGGUCAUGGAUUUCCUGGGCCUCUGGUGAUCGAGACCGGAAGUAAUACUCUGGAUGUCAUCUUUCAAACUGACCUCACAGGAGAGAGCAAAGGCUGGAAGCUUCGCUAUCACGGUGACCCCAUCCCAUGUCCCAAAGAAGUCAAAGCCAAUUCCAUAUGGGAGCCGGAAAAGGCCAAAUAUGUGUUCAAAGAUGUGGUGAAAAUCUCCUGUGUGGAUGGAUUCGAAAUCGUGCAGGGCAGUGUGGGCUCAACGUUUUUCUACUCUUCUUGUCAAAGCGACGGGCGGUGGAGCAGCCCCGAUCUGGAGUGUCAGCGUACGUGUCUCCUCAAAGCCAGCGCUUUGAUGACUUUUUCUCCCAAGGGGAACUGGAAAAAAAAACAUAAGAAAAGAUCACUAUGCCUGUACCGCUGCUCGGGUAAUGGGAGCUGGGUGAACGAGGUGCUGGGCGCUGAGUUGCCGGAGUGCGUUCCAGCCUACGCCUUCACCGACAACAUGAUCUGCGCCGGGGAGCGGGGCGUGGACAGCUGCCAGGGCGACAGCGGCGGCGCCCUGGCCGUCCGCGACCCCCAGCACCGCGACGACGACCACCCCCGCUUCUACGUGGCCGGCCUGGUGUCGUGGGGCACCAAGUGCGGCACCUACGGCGUCUACACCAAGGUCAGCCGCUACCUCGACUGGAUCCUGAAGACCAUGCGGGAGAACGACGGCGCCGACGACGACCAAUGAGGUGCCAGCCUCCCCCUCCGCAUGCAAAUCAUCACCGCUGACGACCAAUGAGGUGCCAGCCUCCCCCUCCGCAUGCAAAUCAUCACCGCUGACGACCAAUGAGGUGCCAGCCUCCCCCUCUGUAUGCAAAUCACCGACUCACCAGUGACGACCGAUGAGGUGCCAGCC